CUCAGCCUACUGUAGCUAGGGUUUCCUGUCCAAGUUGUUUUUGAGACAGAGAUUGAGUUGUAGAGAGGAGCAAGUGGUAGGUAGCAGCAAUGGACUCGUUUUCGUCACCUUCGAGCGCACCAGGAUCGUCAAUGUCACCCGACGAUUUCAUGGACCAAUUCAAGAGUCAGCUUGCCCAAGCCUACGCACAGGAGUUCCUCGAGACUGUAAGGGAGAAAUGCUUUGUCAAGUGUAUCACAAAACCAGGGUCAAGUCUUAGCGGGAGUGAAGGGAGUUGCAUCUCUAGGUGUGUUGAUCGCUACAUUGAAGCCACUGGGAUUAUUAGCAAGUCUCUAUUUAAAUCAUCAUCACAUUAAAAUUUGGAGCACUUGUCAAAUGUUGGGUGAGUUCCUUAAAUCGAAGAGGAGGUUCUGUGUUUUACAUUAUCCUUGCAUUGCUAAUACCCCUAUCAAUUCUCAAAGUGAUUUUGUCACAUUGGAUUCUGUUUUAGGCAAUCAUGCUUUUAGAUUUUAGCAAUUCACAACCUUGUGACUUUCGAAUUUUACGUAUCGCCAAUUUUGUUGAUUCACAUCAAA